AUGGCUCAGGUUCCGCCUCCCAAGUCAAAGCUUGACAUCCUGCCCAAGAUGCAGGUAAAGGGCCCCUUCUCUGUCCCCUCUCCUGGAGUUGAGGCCAAAGACGGCGAGACCGUGCCGCGUCGACUACCCCAGGCCAUUCCGGACUUGAUCACCAUACCCGGAGGCAGCAUCACCACCACCUACGAGCUCGUUAAGCAAAGUGCCGAGAAGUACGGCAACGCCAAGUGCUUGGGCUCGCGUAAGCUGGUCAAUACUCACCGCGAGACGAAGAAGAUCAAGAAGAUGGUCGAUGGCGAGGAGCGCGAGGUCGACAAGCAGUGGACCUACUUCGAGCUGAGCCCUUACGAAUAUAUUACUUUCCACGAGUACGAGCGCCUCACCCUCCAGCUCGGUGCAGGCCUGCGCAAGCUGGGCAUGGCCAAGGCUGAUCGUGUGCACAUCUACGCCGCCACGAGCUCUCACUGGUUGGCCAUGUCCCACGCUGCGGCCUCGCAGUCCAUGCCCGUCGUGACAGCUUACGACACGCUCGGCGAGCAGGGCUUGAAGUACUCUAUGGUUGCGACCUCCGCCAAGGCCAUCUUCCUCGACCCCCAUCUGUUGCCGACUCUUGCCAAUGUCCUUCAGGAGGCCAAGGACAUCCGCUUCGUCAUCUGGAAUAACCAGAACCAGAUCCAGCAGGCACACGUAGAUCAGCUCAAGUCUGCCCACCCCGAGAUUCAGAUCUUGAGCUUCGAGGAGCUGCGCAAGCUAGGAGAGGAGAACCCUGUCGACGCUGUGCCCCCCACCAUCGAUGAUCUGUGCUGUAUUAUGUACAUCUCUGGUUCGACCGGCACCCCCAAAGGUGUUCCACUGAAGCACAAGGCCGUCGUUGCCGCUGUUGCCGGUGUCAGUGCUGUCGUACAGCCCUUCAUUGGCCCUGGCGACGGCCUCCUAACAUACCUCCCGCUCGCCCACAUUCUCGAGUUCGUCUUUGAGAACGCUUGCAUCUACUGGGGUAGCACUAUGGGAUACGGCAAUCCCAAGACCCUGUCCGACAACUCGGUUCGUAACUGCGCUGGUGAUAUCAGGGAAUUCAAGCCUUCCGUCAUGGUCGGUGUUCCUGCGGUCUGGGAGACGGUAAAGAAGGGCAUCGUCGCCAAGGUCAACGCCGGCAGCCCUCUAGUCAAGACUCUGUUCUGGAAUGCCCUGUCUGCGAAAAUGCACAUGAUGAACGCCGGCAUCCCCGGUUCUGGAGUGCUCGACUCUGUUGUCUUCAAGAAACUCAAGGAGGCAACUGGUGGACGUCUUAAGCUUUGCAUGAAUGGAGGUGGCCCCAUUGCUAAGGAAACCCAGCAGUUCAUUUCGAUGGCCAUUGCCCCCAUGAUCAUUGGCUAUGGUCUUACCGAGACCACCGCCAUGGGCUGCAUCAUGAAUCCUCUUGAGUUCAAUGUCAACAACAUGGGUGCUAUGCCGGCGUCGGUAGAAAUCAAGCUGGUGGACUUCGCCGAGGCCGGCUACUAUGCUACCAACAAGCCUAAUCCUCAGGGUGAGGUUUGGAUUCGUGGACCCUCCGUCCUAGAGGAAUACUACGAGAAUCCCAAGGAGACGAAGGAGGCUCUUACUGAGGAUGGCUGGUUCAAAACUGGUGAUAUCGGCGAGUUUGACAGCAAUGGUCACCUCAAGCUCAUUGACAGGAAGAAGAACUUGGUCAAGACGCUCAACGGCGAGUACAUUGCCCUCGAGAAGCUCGAAUCCAUUUAUCGUGCCGCUGCUGUGGUAGCCAACAUCUGCGUCUACGCCGAUGCCAAACAGGCCAAGCCUAUUGCCAUCAUCGUUCCUGCCGAGCCGGCGCUGAUCAAACUGGCCGAGAGCAUUGGUGUCAAGGGCAAUAACCUAGAGGAGCUUGUGCAUGACAAGAAGCUACGGAGCGCUGUUCUCAAAGAACUGCAGAACGCCGGCCGAUCAGGCGGUCUCUCAGGCAUUGAGAUUAUUGAGGGCGUUGUCAUGUCCGAUGAGGAAUGGACCCCGCAAAACGAUCUGGUUACGGCGGCGCAGAAGCUUCAGCGCAAGAAGAUUUUGGAGAAGUACAAGGACGAGGUCGCCAAGGCUUACGGCUCUUCCUGA